AUGGAGCCCAGGGAGCUUGACAUCCGUCUUUUCCGGCCACUGUUCUCUACUGGAGUGACUCUCUGGUCUGCUGAUGAGGGCAAUAUCGGUCUUUUCCGCUCGAAGACGAUAGUGAUGGUCUUUGUCAGGGCCGUAUGGAGUCACAUGGUUGGCAGACAUGACGCAAUCUGUGCCAGCCCGAAUACAAUCAUACUCCAGUACAAAAUUAUUAUCGAAGCCUCUGCAGGGGCUUUAGUAAUUCUUGGAUCCCGCACAGCGGCAGCUGCGACGGAUCUAGCAGUUCAUUCAGCUGAUUAUGUCCAUGUUCAUCAUCGCCUCCAGGCGUGCAUUAGUGUUGCGGCUACCAAUCAUGCCCAGCGGCUCCCAAGGAUAAGCGAAGUGUCGUCCGCAGCCAUAGAUAGUCGGGAAGAAGAAGGCAAUGGUCUAAAAAGCACAGAGCCUGACCACAGCCCAACUAAUCAGGCCAAAAAGCCUCUCUUGGUCCUGUGCAAGAAAUCGACGAUACAGAAAGAGCGAGCUCAUCUUGCUCAGUCCAUUAGCCGAGGUCAUCAGGGCCCAAGUGAUCCAAUCCACCUGUCGAAAGAUGCGCUUUACCAGCUCGACUAUCCUUUGGGACUCCGAGAAUUCAGUCAAGUCGGCCUCUUCGCCUGA